AUGUCUUUCUCACUCGUGCGCUGUGUAUCUUGUGAAGACGCCGAGAUAAAUCAAAUGCAGCGGCGAAUGGCAGCUGCUUCAGACGAGACUAACAAUCUUCGACUCGAGCUUGAUGCUUUGGCAGAGCGCCUUAAACUACGCGAUGAGACAGAGCUUUGUUCGCGUCUGGCCAAACAGAAAGCUCUGUACGUGCAAACGGUUGCUACUUUGAAGGAAACCAUGGAGGAUAAUAGGCUGCUCCAAACGGAACUCUUGCAUAUGCAAGAAAUUGGGAAGUGA